UGGAGGAUGCAUGGGACAUGGAGGCCAGUCACGCUGAGGGCUGCAUGGUGGUGGAACAGCAAUUAUGGAAAACAGCCAAUGCAGCAGUAAGAGGAAUCAGCUUGGGCACUAGGAAGAUACAAGCAGAGGUGGCCUGAGAAGUGUUACCAAGCCUCCAAAGGCUUCUAUGCAAUGAAGACGUGGGCAGGAUGGCCCAGGAGCUCGGUGAGAAGGAGCUGUUGAGGAUGGAGGUGGAGCAGCUGAGGAAGGAAGUGAAGAACCCAAGGACUCCAAUUUCCAAGACAGGAAAGGAGAUCAAAGAUUAUGUGGAGGCCCAAGCAGGAAACGACCCUCUUCUCAAAGGCAUCCCUGAGGACAAGAACCCCUUCAAGGAGAAAGGCACUUGUAUGAUAAGCUGAUGGCACCAGAGCCUGGCACCCUGAAUGUCUUCCUCUUGAGCCCCACUCCUCACCAGGAACCAGUGUUCUGGGAAAUCCAGGGAACCAGCGAAUUUCCACUUUCUCUAGGGCACAGAAUAAUUAAAGCUACCUGGCUCAUGCAUUGUGAAUCCAUUCCCCAAGCCCACUUUCAGCCCUUCUCCCCCAUUCCCUCCUCCACUUGCUGGGUCACUGCUGACCGCACUCUCUAACACUCUGAGGAAAGCUUCCCUGGCUCGGCCGCUGGGGCUGGGGCCUGAAGAGCCUGCAAAACCCUGAGCUCCCCGACGGCAGCCCUUACUCCUCCGAACCCCUCCCGUUUUCCCCUCCACUCCACUCCUAGGAACCAGCCUUCCCAUUCA